GUGAGUACGGGUAUGUAAACUCUCUGUGCUAGUGGGAAUACUGACUUUUCUCUGGUGGGUUUUCUCUCCCCUUCAACCAGGUGAAUGGGUUGGAAAUGGAGGUCUUUAAAGUGAGCACCUAUUUUAAGCAGGCUUGGUCUGUAACGAUUAUCGACACCGUUGUCGGCUGUCCAACUGGUGGACUUCACUUUACCAAGGAAGUCAUCACAUGGUACAUGCCCCAAUACAUCACUCCUCUGAUGACUGAUCCUCGGUAUCAAAUCCUCGAAAUGCACAUGGGUAUUGACGGAAAGAGGAUCAAUCAUGCUUUGAUGGAAGCUAGGGGCUAUACCUUGAUUAUAAAGGAACUCCAAAUUAUAAUUUCCUUGCCUGUCGGUGGACCAGACGGCUAUUAUAAGAGCGUUGUGUUGGAUAAUGGGUACCACGUCACUUACAGUAUCGAACCCAUGCUUGAAAUGCUGUGGCUAGAGAAGUCCGAGAUCACCAGAUACAAAGUCCAUUAUCCUAUCGUCACGCCACCAGAGCCUCGGCCGCCCCGCGUCACAAACAAUACUGUUGCAGACUCGGAGGUGUUUAAUAUCAUGCUGGGUUUCUUCCUCCCCGAUGUGGAGCUGCUGAAUGUCACCCUCUCAACUAGAGUGAUGAGUGUGGAUGAGGCCAAUGCAGUUGGAUUUAACGUGCAGGAACACUUAUUUAAUAACGGCUCCAAGGCUUUCAGCAUCGAGGUCCCCUUCUCCGAUCCUGCUGUCCUGAGAACCAACGUCAACCCGAUGAACAUCAUCUAUCGUCUCUCCGUGACCUUUGGUUUGUUAGUCCUUCCUGAAUACACUCCAUUUUCUCACUCUGCUUUAGUGGAAGCUACUCGUGAGGACCACACGAUGCUUACUAUGAACGGAUUCUGCGAUGAGAAGAACUUCUUCAUCAUGAUUGGACACCGGGGCCAAGGCAUAAACUUUCACAUAACGGUCGGCAAGCGUGAGCUCUCGGCUGACCUCUAUGCGGAGUACGGUGUUGAGAAAAACAGCUGUCAUAUGAAUAUGACCGUGCCUUUCCUGGCGCAAGAUGUCGUUUUUGAGAGGGCCGAUCAGUCGUCACUGAGGGCUCGUGUUGAUGUAGUAAUAUCAUACAACAACUGGCAAUUUCAAAACUUCUCCUUGGCUUGCUCCUUUUCCUUGGUCAUGACUGAAUGUUUCGCAAACGGAUCCAUAACCGCGCUCGUUGUCAAGGUGGAAGCAGCAACCCAGAUGAUCCCAAGCCAGUUAACGCUGAGGGAUCCUUCGUGUAAACCCACCUUCAGCAACAACCGCUUUGCCUACUUCUCCUUUAACGCAAGCAGCUGUCAAACCACCAGAAAGUUCCACGAUGGCAUCAUGACCUAUCGGAACAAAGUCUCGAUGGGCAACAGGACAGAUGUUGCCCAGCUGUUGCAAAACACCACAAACCAUGUUCCAGAAUAUGGUGUGAUGGUGGUCUGCAACUACAAGCUAACCGAAACACUGGCUAUGAUGUUCUCCACUGUGCCGCAAGCAAGAGGACUUCAUGCAGCUCCUGGUUUAGGAGAACUGCAUGUCAGGAUGAGGCUUGCUAGAGACGCCUCUUACGAUGCCUUCUACGUGGACGAGGACUACCCGGUGGUACAGUAUCUAAGGCACCCUCUAUACUUUGAGGUACAGCUGAUGCAGUCCGUUGACCCGCGAAUAGAGCUGGUCCUGGAGAACUGCUGGGCUUCGACUAAUCACGGAGGCUCCGUGUUGAGCUGGGAUCUCAUCGUGAACGGCUGCGCGAAUCCGGCCGACCGUUACCAGAUCGUGUUCUAUCCGGUCGUGCCCGACGCCCGGGUUCGGUACCCGAGCCACGUGAGGCGCUUCAAAAUCGAGAUGUUUACUUUCGUCAAAGACGACGUGCCUCUUCAUGAACAGAUCAGUGUCCACUGUGAAACUGUGCUGUGUGACGUCCACCAGACUGACGGGCUCUGCAAUGCGUAUUGUCCGUUGUCUAAGACUGAAAAUGUAAAAAGAGGACGCAGGAACAUGGGACAGCACAGGAUGUGGGUCUCGUCUGGGAAAAUUUCCCUCUCCGGCUUGUAGCUCAGAUGUGAAUAAAGUUUGGACUUUUUAAA